AUGAAAGCUGAGAUUUUACUGGAACUGAGAAAAACACUGGCGAAAUCAGUCGUGUGUAUCAAUGAUUCAAAUACACUGAAAGGUAAUAAAACAAUAAAAAGAGGGAGUAAAAAUUGCGCUGAUUUAUACCAAAAAGGUAUAAGGAAGAAUAGAGUUUACAAGAUUGAUCCAGACGGCAAGGGCAGUUUCAAUGUUCGCUGUGAAAUGACGACAUCUGGUGGAGGAUGGACGGUGUUUCAACGUCGUCUUGAUGGCAGUGUUGAUUUCUACCGAGGAUGGCAAGAUUAUAAGCAUGGCUUUGGUGAUUUGAAAGGGGAAUUCUGGCUUGGACUGGAAAAAAUCCGCAGGCUUACAUCCGCUUCUAAAAACAAGCUGCGUAUCGACAUGGAAGACACUUCUGGGAACAGAAAAUACGCAGAAUAUGAUUUUUUUGCUGUGACCAGCGAACGUCAGAAAUAUCGACUUAGUCUUGGGACUUACUCUGGUAAUGCAGGAGAUUCCUUCACUUAUCAGAGAGGAAGCUCGUUUACAACAAAAGAUUCCGACAAUGAUUUAAGUAGCGACAACUGUGCUGUCUCACACAAGGGUGCUUGGUGGUAUCGUGGCUGCCAUUCAUCAAAUCUCAAUGGUCUGUAUCAUCAUGGUGCACACAAGUCGUAUGCUGAUGGUAUCAACUGGCGUGUUUGGAAGGAAGGGAAUCACUAUUCCCUGAAAGCAACAUCGAUGAAAAUCCACGCGCAAGCAUUUGGACUGAAAAAAUAA